GUAUAUGAUCACCACACAGAAGGCUCCAGGAGUGAUAUCUGGAAUACAGAGGACAGAGAACGGAGAGAUGAAUGGGAAAACAACCUACCACGCACUUGUCUUCUGUUUUACCCCCAUUAUGUCUGGUUUAUUGGAGAGUAAUACUACACUGAGAUGGACCUUUGAGAAGUUUUUUGAGACAGUCCAAUCACUUAGGGAGAUGACCACUAUCAAGCUGUUCAACUGUUCAUCAGGGUCCAACAACAAAAUGUACAUUAAUAAAACUGAUAGGUUUGCUAAGUGUCAGGAACUGAUCGCCAAGGAGACAGAGAUAGCGGCCAGUGAACAACUGAUUCUGUACCAUAACCGGGAAAUCAGCGAGGUCAUCGACAUGACGGCAGAGAUUCAAAACUGGCCGAAGAACAUACUGCAUGGUCAGCUGUAUCUGUACCAGAGAGAAAGACUGGACCAACAGAAACUUAGUCUGCCAGAAAUACGCUUGAAUUACUAUCAGCAUCAGCUUUUGGUUUAUUCUCCGGCACCCAUUCCCCAGUUCUUCAGCAGUAGCCCUAUUUCCUAUGAUAAGGAUGAACGUGGCCCACAAGACGAGUGCCAUCGCUCACCUCACUGUGCAGCUGAGAAUCGAUCAGAAGAAUGUAAGGUGUACAUGGAUGUCCUGAUGAACAAGAUCUAUGAGCAGGAGAAAGAGGCCAUUAGUCACUGUGUGGGGUGUUUGGAGGAGGAAAACUGCAUGCAGAAAGCUGAGCACCUGUGUAGGAAGAUUGAGGAGAUCUCGACGGCCUUCACCAAGGACAGGAAGCAGAAGACACUGUGUCCAGAAGAGGAGUAUGUCCACGAGUCAGACAGAAUCCGGAUACAGGACCUGUGUGUUCAGCUGGUCUCUCUACUUCAAGGUCAUUGCCUGAGGAAUCUGUCCAGAACGUACAGUGUAGUGGGCAAACAGAUAGGAUUACUGCUGAAGAAUGUUCAGAGAACAAAGAAGGUUGAACAGAAUAUCGCUUCUGUCAGUGAUUGUCGCGAGAAGCUCAGUAAUCGCAUUGACAAGAUGGACAGAGAAUGUUUGUCAUUAGCUGAACAAGCCAAGGAGGGCAUGAGGACGCAUAUCAAAGGCUUCUCCCUCCCGGUCCAAUGGCAGGGGUUGUCAGGGAAACCACUAAGUCCUCGCCCCAUGUCACAAGACUCAGCAUUCAGGGAUAGUGGUUUAGGAACAAGUGGGGCCCAGUCCAGUGUGCCUUCCAGUAGCUUAGGAGCCAGGCUGUCACAAAAGUAG